ACCCGGCCCUGCCCCCAGCCCCGGGAGCCAACGCUUCCCCGGCGGGCGGGCGAGCGCGGGGAGCGGUUGGCGCGCGUGUGUUCGCGCAGUGGGAUGCGGGUGGGGGGCGAGUGUACCCAGGGACGCGAGAGAAUCCCUGCCGGUAGACGAAGGCGCGGCUGCAUGUGUGGGGGCAGCUCGCGGGCGGCGGAGCCUCCUGUGUUUGUGUUUGGGGUUUAUCAAAGUGGUUAAGCUCCUGGGUAUAAGCUAUUUCCUUUCACAUCAGAGCCCCUAAUGCCUCAUUUGUUCUUCUGACAACCUUAGAAAUUCUUCAGUCAGGAGCUAUGUACCCAACAGGCAGACAGAGCAGUCUUUGAAUAUUGUGUAAGUAUCUGGAAUGUACACCUGGUACCUCUCCACCGGUAUCCACAGUUUACCAAAGUAAAUAGAAGAUCUCAAGGAGGAAUAUGACAUCUAUACAGGAUGACCUUCUUGCGUGAAGAGCUGCCCUACAGAGGGAGGGAGUGAAGGGAACCCACGCAUGCGAUGGUGAGCAAGAGGAGGCCUCCUGGAAUCUGCAGACAUAAGGUGCGAUUGGUAAUUGCUGAAAAGGCAUUGAAGUGCGAGGAACAUGAUGUAAGUCUGCCCCUGAGUGAGCACAAUGAGCCUUGGUUUAUGCGUUUGAACUCAACUGGAGAAGUGCCUGUCCUUAUCCACGGGGAAAACAUUAUUUGUGAGGCCACUCAGAUCAUUGAUUAUCUUGAACAGACUUUCCUGGAUGAAAAAACACCCAGGUUAAUGCCUGAUAAAGGAAGCAUGUAUUAUCCACGGGUACAACAUUAUCGAGAACUUCUUGACUCAUUGCCAAUGGAUGCCUAUACACAUGGCUGCAUUUUACAUCCUGAGCUAACUGUGGACUCCAUGAUCCCAGCUUAUGCAACCACAAGGAUUCGCAGCCAAAUUGGUAACACAGAAUCUGAACUGAAAAAACUUGCUGAAGAAAACCCAGAUUUACAAGAGGCAUACAUCGCAAAACAGAAGCGACUUAAAUCAAAGCUUCUUGACCAUGACAAUGUCAAAUAUUUGAAGAAAAUUCUUGAUGAAUUGGAGAAAGUCUUGGAUCAGGUUGAAACUGAGUUGCAAAGAAGAAAUGAAGAAACUCCAGAAGAGGGCCGCCAGCCUUGGCUCUGUGGAGAAUCCUUCACCCUGGCAGACGUUUCACUCGCUGUCACAUUGCAUCGGCUGAAGUUCCUGGGGUUUGCGAGGAGAAACUGGGGAAAUGGAAAGCGACCAAACUUGGAAACCUAUUACGAACGUGUCUUGAAGAGAAAAACAUUUAACAAGGUUUUAGGACAUGUCAACAAUAUAUUAAUCUCCGCAGUGCUGCCAACAGCGUUCCGGGUGGCCAAGAAAAGGGCCCCAAAAGUUCUUGGCACCACCCUUGUGGUUGGUUUGCUCGCAGGAAUGGGAUAUUUUGCUUUUAUGCUUUUCAGAAAGAGACUUGGCAGCAUGAUAUUAGCACUUAGACCCAGACCAAAUUAUUUCUAGGCUUGUAGGGAUCUCAUGGUGGCAACUCAUCCAGCUAUUCAACUAGACCCUUGUCCACUCUUCAAGGCCCAGUGGAGAAUGACCCUAGGCAAUUAGUAAAAAGCAUAAUUUACUUUACUCUUUGGAUAGUUUAUGUGGGGAGAGGAGAUAAUGAAAGUGGUUUUGUGGGCUGGUAACUUUGAAAUCACUUAUUUGAAAACCUGAACUAAUCCAUCCUUAAAAUGUGCAAGGUCAAGAUAAUGUAAAUGUGACAGAGAAUCAGACCUUCAACUCAAAAUGUCAGUUCAAGUUCUGAAUUCUUUUGGGGGAGAAGGUUCUUACUAUAAGCAGACAGUAAUAGCCUGUGAUUGCCCAUAGCUGUUCAUUUGAGACUAUCUGGAUGUGCUGAGUGUCGAGUAGUUAGCAACAUUUUCCACUGGAAAUUCAGAGAUCACCUUUGUUUUAAACCAGUUUAGAUAGUGGCAGGGGCACAGCAGCACGUCAUAUGAUCACUGUUAGCUUCAGGCAGAAAUAAGUAACACAAAGGGAACAGGGAGAAGGACAAGAGGGAAAAUGAAGUCUGUAUAGUGAAGAGCGGUAGAAGGCAACUGCCAGAUGCCUCCAACACAAUUCAUGGCUGCCUGUCCCCUUAGUAAACAUUACGUUUGACUACUUGUGGCCAUUGCCCACGUAUCUUCCUGUAAUUGAGAAACUUGGGAAGAGACUAGGGAGUUACUGGGGGAGUGGACUCGAGAAAACCCUGGGGUUUACACUCAGAGCUCCUCAUCUGACCUUAGUAUUAAUUUUAAAUGCAUAUGAAUCACACUCAUUAUUUUAAUAAGAUUAACUGCUUAUGUACUUGGGUGUGAAAUGCCUACUGGAACAUUUCUGCUUAGCAUUUACAUGAUAUAAAAUGGUUCCUUUCUUUUCCUCAUAGUUCCCUAAUUGGAUGCUGCCUGAGAAAUAUCACUCCUAUGGACCGUUUUCUCCAGUCACUGGGGGUCUUGGCUUCUACAGCCUCUUUUAGCACACAAGUGGGAGUCAGGUGAAGGUCCCUGCUAAUCCCUAGCGUGGCACGUGGCUAGGUAGUAGGUGUUUGAAUGAUCUGGGAGCACUAAAUAUGCUUAUUCUGAUUUUGAAGAAGCUGGUGUGUUAAAAAACUGUUGUCUAGGCCUUGCAUCUGUUUAUUGUUAUUAGCAGGGCCUUAAAAGGUUAAAGAGAAAGAAAAAGUUAAAGAGAAAUAGAAAAGUGUAGUCUUAGCGCAUUAGGGGAAAUGAAAUAAGCCAAUAGUGAUGUCCACUUGUAUUCUUCAUGUGUGUCUAGGCAUUUCAGGGGUACCUCAGUCCAUCUGGAAGGGAUAAUCCCAGUGUAUCCCAUGAACAACUAUGGAAUCAUACAGUUUGUGCUUAGGAAAAAUUUUUCAUGGUGACAGCAAGAUACAGUUUCCCUGGCAUUGCCCUGAAAGGAAUUGGGGGGAUAGUUUUAGGUCUCUGGCAAGAAGUAUGUAUAGAGAAUGAUGAGCUAAGGUUCAAGAAAAUAACAAAAGCUUGGAUUGCCUCAGGCUGGCUCUGCAAAAUAGCCAAAGAAUGUACUUUUUUUAUUAAUAGGAAACAGUCAAACUUAGGAAACAAUGACUUUUGAUGGUAAAAUGAGUCUAUAAUUCCAUUUCAUGAAUCUGUUUUUAGAAAAUCUUGAGGAAAUGGAUGUUCCUUGUUUACAAAAAUUGAUAACAUCUCAGUGUAAACUUAGUCCAAUAAUAACGAACAGACUAGCAGCUUUUAGAAUGUCUUAAUUUUGCCCCUCCCGUGCACUGUCAUAUAGAGUAGUUGGAUUUGUUUGUUGCUGGGACAUUCCAAUCCCUAUGUUCAUAAAAGAGCCACAAAACUGAUUAUUCAGUAGUUUAUAGUGUUUCAGAGAUCUUUAUAUCACCCUGCGAGAAGCAAGAAUUCAGACAUGAAGAAGACAAAGUUGGAUUUUUAUAAAAAUCUACAAAGGGUAUUUACCUAUGUAAAAGUUGUUGAUCAAGAAUAAAGAUUAGAAGCCCAGUGCUGGCUUUUCCUUAAAUUUACUGAAUCAGAGAAAGUCUACUGGGAAGUAUAAUUUUCUGAUACGGUUUCAUUGGAAAUAUGCUUGUGUCAAUAUUAAAGAUGAUGCAUCAUGGUGAUUUCACUUGUUUCAUGCAUACCCAUGGAUUUAGACUCAUAAAAUGUUAGGGGACAUAAUGACCACUAGAUGGCACUGUUCACAUAGUAGUCUGAGAUCGGGCAUUCUUUAGGUUCAGCAAACCUAAAAUUGCUCAAGUGAAGAUAAACAUUAAUGACCUUAGUUUCUGAAAUGAGGGCAUCUUCAUCAGAUCAUUCAUCUGUACAAAAGCUUGAGGCACAUGUAGUAUUGAUUUCUAAUGCUUUAGAAGGGAUAACAGUACCACACAAUGUCAAACUAAAGAGCUAAACAUAUACUAUUAGCAAAAUAAGCACUUUUAUCUAUUUUGUUUCAAGAUCAUUGGUGACUGGCCAGUGUGCUCCUCAGUUUCCAAAGUUUGUAUAAAUACCAUAAUUAUAAAAAUGUCUGAGGUACUAAAUUUAGGUUGACUGUGUAUGUCUUAAUACAUAAAUACUAUUUUAUUGUUAUUGCAAUUAUAUGCCUUUUGAAUCUGUUUUCCUUAAUUGCAGAUAGUUAUAAAUGCUUGCUUGAUUUUUAGUUAUUAUUGAUAUUGACACCAGAGUUGUAGAUAUUUUGGUGUUGUUUAAUGUAAUAGAUCAAGAUACUAUUCUACUUGUAAGAUCAAUAAAAGUAAUUGGAUAAUCAAUAUCAACUAUAAAAGUA